UUCGUUCGCUCUUCGGCCAAGCGAGUUGCUGAGGCAGAGGAAGUUUGGGCCUGCUGGCGCGCCGUCCUCGUCAUUUGCACCCCAGCGGCCAUCUUGUGCGCGCUGGUGGCGGCGGAAGAAGAAGAAGAAGAAGAGCUGUUUCUCCUCCUCCUCCUUUUGGGGCGGGAGGGCUUUCUGCCGGCGGGGCGGCUGCCGCGGUUGAGGGGGAGCCAUGUCUGCGGAGACCCCGGAGCCCGCUUCGGCCGAGGAGCAGAAGGAAAUGGAAGACAAGGUGAUUAGUCCUGAGAAAGCUGAAGAAGCCAAGUUGAAAGCGAGGUAUCCUCAUCUGGGACAAAAGCCUGGAGGGUCGGAUUUCUUGAGGAAGCGCCUCCAGAAAGGACAAAAGUACUUUGAUUCUGGGGAUUACAACAUGGCCAAAGCGAAGAUGAAGAACAAGCAGCUCCCGGCGGCAGCUCCUGAUAAGACUGAAGUCACAGGUGACCACAUUCCAACUCCACAGGACCUUCCACAGCGGAAACCAUCUCUGGUGGCUAGCAAGCUGGCUGGCUGACUAGACGGGCAGAGAGAUGCAUGGAUCUUCUCAUUCCCUGAGUCGUUCCUUAAUUGUUCCUUCUCAUAUGUUAUGUUUUCCCUUAAGUCAUUGACUGACCGCUUUUCAGGUAGUGAUACGUAUGCUGCUAUGAUAAGAGAGUCCUGUUAAGAAUUAAGUUUUGUAGUCCUAGGAGGAGUUGAGAAGAAUGCACUGAUUUUUUUUUUAAAAAAGGACACCUUUCGUUAGAGCAAUGUAAUCUACUUGAAAAAAAUGUAUAUAUUACUUAUUUGCUAGUGUAGGACUGGUUUCAGCAAGCGUGACAUGGCAAGUUUCACUGUUUUUAGUCUUUCUGCUUUCCUUAGUUCACCUUAAUUGCAGCAUCGUAUGUCUGGAUUUACCACAACCCCUUGUUGUGUUUUGGUUUUGUAAAUUAGAGGUUUUGGACCGUGAGUUGCUAGACGGUAAAGCCUGUAUUAAAGGAGGAGGAGGAGGGGCUCUGACUUUGUGUAUCUGCUCUUGAACGUGAAUGGCCUUAAACCAACUUCAGCUUUAACAGUAGAGUUUUACUUGAGCAAUAUUUGCUCCUUUUGGUGUAAUUCCUGCCAACCUUGUGCUCCUUGACAACUGCCUGUUGAAGCUGGCAUUCUUUUGGGUUCUAGAGUGUAGAACACAUUUUGCCAGUGAAUGAAGCGUGCAUGUGUGUAGACCCGGUUCACUUUUGUGCCAUUUCUGUAAAUAAGAUAGUUUUGCACAAUUUUUUUCCAAAUAUCUGUUAUCAUUACAUUUUAAAAUGUGCCAAUCAGAAGCACAAAUAUUUCUGUACCCUUGAAAAUCCUAAUAUCUGGUUCUGCUACCUUACUGAAAGUAACAAGCUUAUAUUUUUAAGGUCUAAAAGAGCUUGAAGUACUGCUGAAUCAGCUUUGCUCGUACAUCUUUCUUGGCGUGUGUCAGCUAUGCCCUACAGCAUUUAGAAGACAGAACACCUAAGCUAGUCUACCUAAGGUAGUUCCCACUUCAAGGGGGAUAAAUUAAUUUAAUGGCAAAUAUAGUGCAGUAAGCAAUUUGUAGAUCAUACUGGAUAGGAUAUUUCAAUACUACUGUAUCUUCUUUCCACCAUAUUUUAAAAUGUACUUUAAAAACUUGUGUGAAUUGCCAGAUGUUUAGAACGUGAACCUGGAGACAAACUUCUGCUGCUAUUUAAAGUCUCUGACAUGUUAAAAACAUCUUUUAGUUCAGGAGUAGUUGGUUAAAAAAUACAUUUUUGCAUUGGGAAAUAAAGGUGGUAUUGGUUACA